UACGAAAAUUAUUGAAACUUGUUGCAGACAAGUGAAAGACAAAGGAUAUAAUAUAAAAAAAUUGGCAACUCAUAAUGUGAUUAAUCUCCUGUCUAAUGCCAAAAGAAUAAGCAGAACCUUUACAUAUGGUUGAAGGGAAGAAACAAAAGUGAGAAGAAAAAUGUGUGAAAAAUGAGGAAAAAUUUUCUGUGUUUUUGUGGCUGAAAAUCUAUUUUUUUAUGUUUUUAUUUUUAUUUUCUGUGAAAGAAAAUUUUAAUUAAAGUAAAAAAAAAGUUUUUUUUGAUGUGUUUUCGUGUUGUUCUUUCCCAACUUUAUGUUGUGGACUCAUCAAGGAAUAUAAAUUGAAAAUUAACAAAGGAGGAAAAGUGAAAACUCCCACAAAUUGAGCACCAAUAAAAUUCAACAAAUUGAGUGUCUGCAUUAAUAAUACAAAGCUUGCAAAGACCGAAAACAUAAAAUUCAUUUGAAACCAUUAAAAUAAAUGUUCGUUCAUCAUUUGAAGUAAUUUCUUAGUUUCUCAAAGAAUAGCAAAAAAAAAAGGAAAAUUGCACAAAAGAAAAAAAUGUGAGUUCGUGAUAAGAAAAGAAAAGAAAAAAGAAAAUUCGGAAGUGUAGAAAAAAAUUAUUUCAAAAGGAAAUUCAAAAAAAUAAAAAUAAAUUUAUUUCUGAAAGAAAAAAAUGUUAAAGUGAAAAUUGCAAAAGGAAGUGAAAAUUAUAUAAAAUUGAAUAAAUUCAUCAUUUUAAUCAAAAAAAGAAAUGCAAACUAAACUCAACAACAACAAAUUUUAUUCAAUAUAAAAAAAUCACAUUUUAACGAAGAAAAAGAAAAAAAAAAUUCUUCCAGCUUUAAAAAAAAAUCUUCUCCUUUUCCCGUUCACAAUUUCAUUCAAUCUUUUCAUCAAUCGACAUUACUGUGAAUCAAAUCUGCUUGCUACAAAGCAUUUUAAUCAUUCUUCAACCAUUUUAACGAAUCAGAAUCUCAUCUAACAUCAAUCGUACACCGGAACUAACCACAUUACACCCCCAUCCCAACCACCCCCUCACCACAUACAUCACCCAAGUGAUUAUAAAAUCGCACCAUCGUGCCACCAUACGAGGUAGCAUCGUCACGUUUCAAAUCUCUGCCGAUGGCGUCAGUGGCGGCAGCAUGGUUACCUUUCGCUCGUGCGGCCGCAGUAGGAUGGGUACCAAUCGCUGCAAAUCCACUACCACCUCCACCAGUGGUCAAAAAGGAUCGUCGAAAGGCGGAAGAUGAGAAAAUGCUCAUUAAUGUGUCAGGUCGGCGUUUUGAAACGUGGCGCACGACAUUGGAAAAAUAUCCAGACACAUUGCUCGGCUCAACGGAACGAGAAUUUUUCUACGACGAAGACUUGUGUGAAUAUUUUUUUGAUCGUGAUCCGGAAAUCUUUCGACACAUACUUAAUUAUUAUCAUACUGGUAAAUUGCAUUAUCCGCGUCACGAAUGUCUUUUGUCAUAUGAUGAAGAGUUAUCAUUCUUUGGCAUCUUACCCGAUGUCAUUGGUGACUGCUGUUAUGAGGAUUAUAGGGAUCGUAAGCGUGAGAAUCAGGAGAGAUUAAUGGAUGAUAAGUUGAGUGAGAAUGGUGAAGCUAAAGGUCCACCAUUGACAAAUAAGAGAGAGAAAAUGUGGAGAGCGUUUGAGAAUCCACACACAUCAACAUCUGCACUCGUUUUUUAUUAUGUUACUGGAUUCUUUAUUGCCGUUUCCGUUAUGGCUAAUGUUAUUGAGACAGUUCCAUGCGGUCACAGGCCCGGCAGAGCGGGUACAAUCUCAUGCGGUGAACGAUACAAAGUGGUUUUCUUUUGCCUCGAUACGGCUUGCGUAAUGAUUUUCACAGCUGAAUAUCUUUUACGAUUAUUCGCUGCACCCGACAGAUGGAGAUUUGUAAGAUCCGUUAUGUCUGUUAUUGAUGUUGUUGCCAUCAUGCCAUACUACAUAGGCUUAUUCAUGACAGAUAAUGACGACGUAUCCGGAGCAUUUGUGACUCUUCGAGUGUUUCGAGUGUUUAGAAUUUUUAAAUUUUCACGUCACUCGCAAGGUCUCCGAAUUCUCGGCUAUACACUCAAAUCUUGUGCAUCAGAGCUCGGUUUUCUCGUCUUUUCACUUGCCAUGGCCAUUAUCAUCUUUGCCACAGUCAUGUUUUAUGCAGAAAAGAAUGUCGAUGGAACCAAUUUUACAUCAAUUCCUGCAGCAUUUUGGUAUACAAUUGUAACAAUGACAACAUUGGGUUACGGUGACAUGGUGCCUGAAACGAUAGCUGGAAAAAUUGUUGGUGGUGUUUGUUCACUGUCUGGAGUGUUGGUCAUCGCACUUCCCGUACCCGUCAUUGUUUCUAACUUUUCACGUAUUUAUCAUCAAAAUCAACGAGCUGAUAAGCGAAAAGCACAGCGGAAGGCUCGAUUGGCAAGAAUUCGUGUGGCUAAAGCAAGCUCGUCAGCUGCAUUUGCAUGCAAGAAACGAUUGGCUGAGACAAGACUGCUUAAACAUCAACAAGGACUUGAUUCGGAGGACCUUAGUGAUGAGGAUAUUUUCGAGAUGCAGCAUCAUCACUUGCUGAAGUGUCUUGAGAAGGCUACGGAUCGUGAGUUCACCGACUUAGACACUUUCAACGGUGCAACGAAACGUCCAGGCUCUCCAUCACCUCUCACAAGUCCAAUACAUGCACGAAUUAGCAAGCUUGGCUUUCUACAAACAUGUUGCGGUCGAUGUUGUAACGGAAAACGCUACAAGAAAUCAUUUUCCAAUCAUAUUCAAUAUCUCCAAGUGAAUAAUUAUCUUAAUGAGGAUAAACAGCUGAAAAAAUUUAUCAAACUGGCGCCAAUAUCACCAAUCACGAAUUUAUCGCCACCGGAUGCACCGUCAUCCCUUACAACAACAACAACAACUGCAGUUGAUGUUGACGACUCAAUUGUUGAGGAUGUCCAGCCAUCAAUAUCAACAUUCUCAUCAUUACCAGUUGCAUUGGUUGUUGAGCAAACAGCAAAAAUUCUCGAAGAUAUCAAGCGAAAAAUUCAGUUGCAAAAGGAAGAGGAGGAACGGAAUCGAAAAGAGCGUGAACAAGAGGAAUUGACAAUACGACUCUCGCCAUUAGCUGAAACAAAUUAUUUUAAUUCCUCAACAACUACAACAACAUCAACGACAUCGUCAUCAAUGUCAACAAAGAGCUUCAUAAUUUUAAAUCACACAAAGGCUUUAUCAUUGUCGCCGGACUCGGGCACAGAUUAUGGUCCAUUCUCAGCAUCCUCUUCCAUUUCACCGCCAUUUUUAAGUUCAAAUUUAAAAGAUAGUUAUUUUCCACCUGAGCGCGAUGUGAUUGGUGCCGAGCGUGAAAUAUUUGCAGCUGAGCGUGACGUCAUCGGAGCAGAUCGAGAAGUUCUGGAAACUUUUCCGUCUGAACGAGACACUUUUUUAGCUGAGCGAGAAGCUUUCACGGCUGAGCGUGAAGCAUUUGCAGCUGAGCGUCGAACAGAAAAUUAUCAACGUCCGCACAGUGAUCAUUGUACCUUUAAGUUUCCAUCAUUCUCACUUCCAUUAUCAACAUCGCCAUCCUCGUCAACAUCCUCAACAACUCCGUCAAUUUCGAUACGAAGGCUGAGCGGAAUCACAAUGACAUCAGCAUCAGCCGCAUCACUCGCCAAAUCAACACCUUCAAUCUCUACAGAUGUACUUAAUGAACGUCCAUUAUCAUUCACGGUGCUACCAAAUUCGACUACAAAUUAUGAGACAUAUCAGACCGUUCAGCAGCCACUUGCGUCGCCAUAUAAGCCGACGCUCAGCUGUAGUUCAUUGGCGAGUUUUAGCUCAUGGACACCGAUUGUUACGACAUCAGCAACGACUGUAUCGUCGGUGAUUCCAUCAACAAUCUCGAGUAUGUUGAGUAGUAAUCGACAUUCUUUUGGUGCUGAUCCAAGUGCAAUAAAGCCAAUUGUUAGUGCACUUGAGUAUCCACAGUUUAAAUCAGUUCCUCAAUAUUCACCACCAGCAGUUCCGAUUGAGAAAGUCGUCAACUCACCAUCGGCUUCAAUAUCAAGUCUUCUGAAACGAGAACAUUCGGAUACAUUUAGUCGAACACUUGAAAGAUAUAACAAGUUUGUUGAGAAGCAGAAGAUGCAGUUGGAAUUACAACAGCAGCAACAGCAAGCUGACUUUUUGUCAUUGUCGUUAUCACCGCCUAUGAAUCGGAGAAAUAAGGAAAUGUUGGCGCUGAAAGGAAGCUUUGUUUGUUUGUGA